AGUCCAGGAGCUCUGUCUCCUUGUUUGCGGCGAUCAUCCAAACCCUCUCUUCUUUUUGACCAAAGAAGAAACCCAAUUUUGUAAAUACUGAAUUCCGGCUUUUUUUCCCAAAGGUUUAAGCUUCUGGGUCUCACUGCAUUCUUGCUUCGUAAUUCGUGAAGUGCGAGGUCGACACAUUCUAUCUUCGAUUGCUUUUGAAAGUUUGUUACAAUAUACAUUCAUGGAGAAAACGGGUACUUCUAAUGGCAUAGCAUGGGUUGAGAACAUUUUCCAGAAGUUUGAAGAUAUGUACAAUGACGUGGAUGAACUAAUGAAGCAGGCUGAAAGCCAGUUGGUGACAGCGGGUGCCACUGUUAAAAACUUUUUCUCAGAGUUAGACUUGAUAGGAGAUGCACUCCCUCAAUUUUCAGAGGAUAAAAAGCCAGGGGCUGCUCCUGAUACAUCUGUGGUACAGAAGAUUGAUGAUGCAGUCGGUUUCAAGUCACUGGUGGGCAGUGAUGGAGGCCACGGUGAUAAAGUCCAUGUAGACUCUGUGGAAUUGGUUAAGAGCAUUUCUUCAUCAUUGGAACAAAUUGAUGAUUAUAUUGAGAAGAAGUUUCAGCUUCAGACACCUGACAAGAUAGUUUCAAGCAAUGCUAAUCAAGAAAUUGGAUCGGAUAUUGGAACCAAAUUGUUGAUUCCAGCCUCAGAUGAUGUAGGAGGCUGUAAAUCUUUCAUGGAGAGAGAGGAAAGAAGUACAAACCUUGUUGAUAUGUCUUCAACAUUUUCAAAUGACAAGAAAGACUCGAGCAAUGCAAAUCAAGAAAUUGGAUUGGAUAGUGGAGCCAAGUUGUUAAUUCCAGCCUCAGAUCAGUUAGAUGAUAUAGGAGGGUUUAAGUUUUCCAUGGAAACAGAGGAGGGAAGUAGAAACCUUGUUGAUAUGUCUUCAAAAAUUUCAGAUGAGACACGACCCUCUAACGCUCUUGAAGUGGACAAUCCCUGUAAGAAAAGCACUGCAGCCAAUUUGCCCACAUCUGCAACAGAGCCUGAUAAGCUUGAACUGUACGAUGGUUCUAGUUGUGAAGAAGCAGAGACAACCAUGCAUAUUCCCAGAAGUGAAGAGCGAGAUAAUGAUGUCACCGACUCAAGCUUACAAAUUUUGGGACCAUUGGAAAAGGUGGAGCUUGGUGAAAGUUGCAUUUUAGUAGAUUGUACUGAAGUUGAAUGCAGUUCUGGUGAAGCUGCUAAUCGCAGGUCUUACAAGAAAAAAUUGAAGGACGCUUUUGCUUCAAAAAUGAGACUAUUGAAGAAGCACAAUAAUGAACAGGAGAGGAACAGGUUCUCAACACUUGCACUCCCUGAGAAAUCAAAUUCGCCUGAUUAUGAAUUUUGUGAAUCUGACUGGGAAAUUGUUUAGACAAGAGUAUCACCACUCUUCAUAUGAAGUCUAUCCACAUCAUUCUGCCUCCACUUUCUUGUAGAGCUGCAAACACUGAGGCCUUCAAAAUGUUGUAAAUUAUGCUUCCAUUUUUUUGCAUUGUCCCAAUGCUCCUAGUUUUUAAAUAAUUGUUCAUACAGGGUUCAAUAUGAAUGAAUUUCUUAUCUAUAUUUUCUAUAGAAGGUUUCCUUUCUUC